UUCCUUUAAUUCUCCCCCAGCCAGAUGAGCAGGCAGAAGGAUAAACCCUGAGCAGAGGCAGCGCCAGCGCAGUCCGAGAGAGAGGAGGGGACUGGACUGCACAGGACAGAGUGAGGGCUUCUCAACCUCGUCGACUUUGCUCUUUAAAUUGGUCUCAAAGCCGAUUACAGCUGAUCUCCCACGUGACGUUUUACCUUCUGUCUCCCCUAGAGCGAAUUGCUCGUGUACAAUCCUCCUUGGGCUGAUGUGCGUCUCCCCAGACAGACUCCGUUGCGGUUUGGGGAACGAACUUUUUUGGGGGGCGUGGGGUAAGAAGACUGCUGCUGGGAGGGCCGGGCGGAGUCUGUAGGAGGCUCUGGCCGCAGACAGCUGGGCCUCCUGGAGAGCCCAGAGGUCCCUCUUGCCCUAGCCCGGGGACUGAAGCCGCGACUGCAGCAGCUACAACAAACAGCAGCAUUGAGAACGGGAGAGCACCCUUGACGCCAGUGCCCGAGGGGAGGCCCGGGCACCGGCCAUCCCCCGAGGGUCGAGUGGCCUCGGGGAGGCUAAGGGGCUCCCAGUUCCCCAGGGAAGAACAGAGGAGCCACUGGCCGCACUGCACCCCUACGCGGGGAAGCAGAAAGCGGCUUGGAGCCGUCCCCUCGGGGGUGGAGUGGGGGAGCUUUCACAGAUAUGCCGGGGGGCUCCCCGAGCUAGGGGCCCGCCGAGGACGCGAGCCCCCCAACCCACAGGCCGGCCCGGGCCCCCCUUCGCAAUGCAGAAGAGCGUGCGCUACAACGAGGGGCACGCCCUGUACCUGGCCUUCCUGGCCCGCAAGGAGGGUACGAAGCGUGGCUUCUUGAGCAAGAAGGCGGCCGAGGCGAGCCGCUGGCACGAGAAGUGGUUUGCUCUCUACCAAAAUGUGCUCUUCUACUUCGAAGGAGAGCAGAGCGGCCGGCCCGCCGGCAUGUACCUGCUGGAGGGCUGCAGCUGCGAGCGGACGCCCGCCCCGCCCAAGGCGGCGUCUGGGGCCGUGGGUGGCAAGGACUCUUUGGAUAAACAGUAUUACUUCACUGUUCUCUUUGGUCAUGAAGGUCAGAAGCCACUAGAGCUCCGAUGUGAAGAGGAACAUGAGGGUAAGGAGUGGAUGGAUGCCAUUCAUCAAGCCAGUUAUUCAGACAUUCUGAUUGAGAGAGAAGUGUUAAUGCAGAAGUACAUCCAUCUAGUUCAGAUCGUAGAGACAGAAAAAAUUGCAGCUAACCAACUCCGACAUCAGCUUGAGGAUCAAGACACUGAAAUUGAAAGGCUUAAAUCAGAGAUUAUUGCUCUUAAUAAAACCAAGGAACGAAUGCGACCAUAUCAGGGCAACCAGGAAGAUGAAGAUCCGGACAUCAAAAAGAUUAAAAAGGUUCAAAGCUUUAUGCGAGGAUGGUUAUGUAGAAGAAAAUGGAAAACUAUUGUUCAGGAUUAUAUUUGUUCUCCCCAUGCUGAAAGUAUGAGAAAGAGAAACCAGAUUGUUUUCAAUAUGGUUGAGGCUGAGUCAGAAUAUGUACAUCAGUUGUAUGUUCUUGUUAACUGUUUCCUUCGCCCUUUAAGAAUGGCUGCGAGCUCAAAAAAACCUCCAAUUACCCAUGAUGAUGUCAGCAGUAUUUUCCUCAAUAGUGAAACAAUCAUGUUCCUCCAUGAAAUAUUUCAUCAAGGAUUAAAGGCAAGGAUUGCUAAUUGGCCUACUUUAAUUUUAGCUGAUCUAUUUGAUAUUCUACUACCGAUGCUUAAUAUUUAUCAAGAAUUUGUUCGCAAUCAUCAGUACAGUCUUCAAGUGCUAGCCAAUUGUAAGCAAAACAGAGAUUUUGACAAACUCUUGAAACAGUAUGAAGCCAAUCCUGCCUGUGAGGGGAGAAUGCUGGAAACUUUUCUGACCUAUCCUAUGUUUCAGAUACCCCGGUAUAUUAUAACACUCCAUGAACUGCUUGCUCAUACUCCUCAUGAACAUGUGGAAAGGAAGAGUCUGGAAUUUGCAAAAUCAAAACUAGAAGAACUCUCAAGGAUUAUGCAUGAUGAAGUGAGUGAUACUGAGAACAUCCGGAAAAACCUUGCCAUAGAAAGAAUGAUAGUGGAAGGCUGUGAUAUAUUGUUAGACACCAGCCAGACUUUUAUUCGACAAGGUUCUCUCAUUCAAGUCCCUUCAGUUGAGAGGGGGAAACUUAGUAAAGUUCGCCUGGGCUCAUUGUCUUUGAAAAAAGAAGGAGAAAGACAAUGCUUCUUAUUUACAAAACACUUUUUAAUUUGUACAAGAAGCUCAGGAGGAAAACUGCACCUACUCAAGACAGGCGGUGUUCUCUCUCUCAUAGAAUGCACCUUGAUUGAGGAGCCUGAUGCAAGUGAAGAUGAUUCAAAAGGUUCUGGGCAAGUAUUUGGACACUUGGAUUUUAAGAUUGUGGUGGAACCUCCAGAUUCUGCUCCUUUCACAGUUGUCUUGUUAGCGCCUUCUCGCCAAGAAAAAGCUGCCUGGACAAGUGAUAUAAGUCAGUGUGUUGACAACAUUCGGUGCAAUGGCUUAAUGACAAUAGUAUUUGAAGAAAAUUCCAAAGUGACUGUACCACAUAUGAUUAAGUCUGAUGCCCGUCUUCACAGGGAUGAUAAAGAUAUCUGCUUUAGCAAAACGUUAAACUCCUGCAAAGUGCCCCAGAUUCGCUAUGCCAGUGUGGAGAGACUUCUGGAGAGGUUGACAGACUUGCGUUUUCUCAGUAUUGACUUUCUCAACACUUUUCUGCAUACUUACCGUAUCUUCACCACAGCAGCCGUUGUCCUGGAGAAGCUGUCAGACAUAUACAAGAGACCUUUCACAUCCAUCCCUGUCAGGUCUUUGGAAUUGUUUUUUGCUACCAGUCAGAACAAUCGGAAUGAACAUCUGGCAGAUGGGAAGUCACCACAUCUUUGUCGAAAAUUUUCUUCUCCACCCCCAUUGGCUGUGUCCAGAACUUCUUCCCCUGUCAGAGCCAGAAAGCUGUCGUUGACAUCCCCCCUGAACUCAAAAAUUGGAGCUCUCGACCUAUCUGCUUCUUCCACAACCAGCAGUCCAACUUCAACUUAUAGCCCUGCUACAUCCCCACCACCCCACACUGGUAAAGUACCAUUGGAUCUUAGCAGAGGCCCUUCUCCAGAACAAAGCCCUGGAUCUCUAGAAGAGAAUUUAGAUAACCCCCGCAUGGAUCUGUGUAACAAGCUAAGACGAAAUAUUCGAAGAGCAGCAGUUCUAGAAACAGUAUCUGGGGAUCGAACAGUAUCUGAAAGUACUCCAGCCGUGGACAUAGCUGAACUUUCACCAUGCCGAUCACCUUCGACUCCUAGACAUUUACGAUACCGUCCAUCUGGAGGACAGACAGCUGAUAAUACCCACUGCUCUGUUUCCCCUGCCUCUGCUUUUGCUAUUGCAACCGCUGCUGCGGGACAUGGGAGUCCACCAGGAUUUAACAACAGUGAGAGAACCUGUGAUAAAGAGUUCAUAAUACGCAGAACAGCCACCAAUCGAGUACUGAAUGUUCUCCGUCACUGGGUCUCAAAGCAUUCACAGGAUUUUGAACUCAACAAUGAACUAAAGAUGAAUGUCCUAAAUUUGCUGGAGGAAGUCUUGAGAGACCCAGACCUUCUACCCCAAGAAAGGAAAGCCACAGCCAAUAUACUGAGGGCUCUCUCUCAAGAUGAUCAAGAUGAUACUCACAUCAAAAUGGAGGAUAUAAUCCAAAUGAUUGACUGUCCUAAAGCAGAAUGUUUUGAAACCCUGUCAGCCAUGGAACUUGCUGAACAGAUUACCCUGUUAGAUCACAUAGUGUUCAGGAGCAUCCCCUAUGAAGAAUUUCUUGGGCAGGGUUGGAUGAAAUUGGAUAAAAAUGAAAGAACACCCUACAUUAUGAAAACCAGCCAGCACUUUAAUGAUAUGAGUAACCUUGUGGCCUCCCAGAUAAUGAAUUAUGCUGAUGUCAGCUCCCGGGCUAAUUGCAUUGAGAAAUGGGUUGCUGUUGCAGAUAUCUGUCGAUGCAUGCACAACUACAAUGGAGUAUUGGAGAUCACCUCAGCCUUAAACAGAAGUGCAAUCUACAGGCUGAAGAAAACUUGGGCCAAAGUCUCAAAACAGACAAAAGCUCUUAUGGACAAACUUCAGAAGAUUGUAUCUUCAGAAGGAAGAUUUAAAAAUCUCAGAGAAACACUCAAAAACAAUUGUAACCCGCCUGCAGUCCCUUACCUUGGAAUGUAUCUAACUGAUCUGGCGUUUAUUGAAGAAGGAACACCAAACUUUACUGAGGAAGGCCUUGUGAAUUUUUCAAAAAUGAGAAUGAUCUCACACAUUAUCAGGGAGAUACGCCAAUUCCAGCAGACUUCCUACAGGAUAGAUCACCAGCCAAAGGUCACUCAAUACUUGCUGGACAAAACUCUCAUCAUAGAUGAGGAUACACUAUAUGAGCUGUCACUAAAGAUUGAACCUCGACUCCCUGCUUGAAGAGCUAGCUUUGCCCCUGAAUCUACAGAGAUCAUCCAUGUGAAGAGACCAAACUGUGCCUGCCAUGCCUGCACAAUGGGUGGGGAAGGGAUGAGAUUUCAAGCUCCAUUCUCCUCUGACAAAAACUGGGGCUCCCAGAAAUUGUCUCAAGCCAGGAGAACAGAGCUGUUUAGGGUGCAAGCCAAUGCUUCAGACUUGGGCAGGAGGUUGGCAAAGUUCUUACUUUCAAAGCUAGAACAGUAUUUGCCUUUUAAAAGAAGGCCUGAAUAGAGAAAGAAGGCCUUCGUCACGCUGAGUGGCGGGUGCUAAUUUCAUGGAGGUAAUCAAGGAGGCAAAUCUGACUGCCAUGUUCCAUUAAGAAUAUGUAAGCAGAAAAAGAGAAAGAGAUGUUUCUCUGGCAUGUUAUUUCACAGGGAACAUCUACUAACUCAACCUUAGGUAUAUAUGCUUUCAUUACAUUCACUUUCAAAUCAGUAAGAACUUCACAGAAAAUUGUAAUCACCUUAGAUGGGAGCUGCCCAGCCCCUAAACUGUUUCCGUUUUAUAGCAUGUGCACUGUUUCAAAUGUAUGGAUCAAUAUUUAUAUUUAAGUAAUCUAAUGUUCUGAAUUCAUCUUUUCAGUCUUUGGGCAGCUGUACAGGAAAAUAAAGGUGGGGGUGAGGAGCACAGGGGACAAAAGAUGAAAUAAACUUGACUUUAUAGAUGUUGUCCUUAGACCCACAGAAUUGCUUCUAGUACAAGUCCGAAGCCCAGUUUAUUUCUUGGGAUCCACUCUCUGUUAGAGUGGCAGGUUCCAGAUUGCUAAAAAAGCAAGGGAUUGUCCCAAGUCUCAGUCAUCUGCUUGACUUCUCCAGGAUCAGGUGCUCUGCAUGCUGGCUGAUUCUAUUGUCAGCUCGGACACCUGCUCUUGACUACUGUUACCCUGAAAUCUCUUCUUUUCCAUUUUUCCUCUCAUAACCCCAUUGGGGGAGCUGCUAAUCAAGCCUGAAAGGCAAUAAGUUCCUACAAGAAGACUGCAGGAAUGGUGUGUUAAAACUUUUAAAAGCAAGUAUUUGCUUUAAAAAAAACAUUGUCUCUGCUUAACAUUCACUCUGCUUGUUUUUUGUAUUUCUACUCUAGUAAUGUGGGAUUUGCUCUGGUAAUGACCCUUUUUGUUUUUAAAGGCAAUUGAUUAUGAGCAUCUAUAACCAGAAAAGUAUUUUUGAAUAAUGUUUUAAAAGUCCCGUGCUACCACGUGGUAGCAGGUGAAAUCCCCUGCAACAUUUCUAGUCUUCUUCCAGGGAGAACAGGUCUCAUCUGGCAUCCCUGUUGCCCUUAGGAAAACUGAUAGAGGUUAUACUUAAGCUUACUUUUCCCAAAACUAGCUGAUAAGCUAGUGAAGAAAUAAGACUUUGUUAUUGUUUACCUCCAUUCUUUUCUUAGGAAGACUGCUGUUGAAUUUAAUUCCAAAGGAAAAGAAAGAAAGAGAGAAAGAUAUUGUUAUACUAGCCCUUUGCAUCUGAGGUAUCUCUAAAAGUCAUGAAGCUUAUUAAUGCUGACAAUGAAGAAUUGAUCUUUCAGGCUUGACUUUUUCCUCUUUAUUUGCACUUUAAUUAUGUUGCUAGAGCUAACAGCUGUCCAAUAAAUUCCACUCAUAGUCUCUUAAGACCUGUGGAAGGGCUAACAUUGAAGGUGCACCUUUUGUGGCAGUGAAUAUCAACAUGUUUUCUGUACCUCAAGGGGGCCAUCUCUGUAAAUAACUGCAUAACAAAACAUGAAAUAAGUACUAGCAACUUAAUUUAAAAUCUUUGAAGACCUUUCCAGAAGCAUCUUCAGUAGUUCUGAAUUAACAAGCACGAUAAUAUUAUAUCUGAGAAGGGUCAUUUAGAGAUGUUAUUUUUCUUUUAAGAAAAAAAAUUGCUUGUCCUUUAUAGUAUGAAAUAAGAGGCUAAUGCAUCCUGAUGCAUGAUAAGAAGCAUGGGUUCUUUGGAUCACAAUAAUAUGCAACUGUAUAGUUCAUUUAUCAAUUGUGCAUAAUGCAGAACUUGAAAUUAACAACUGUCAACUGUAUACAGUACCACAAAGUCUGCAGUGGACAAAGAAAAAAAAAGUAAAUUGUCCUUUUUUUGAUUAGAAGCCUACUCUUGCUACGAGAGAGAGAGAGAGAGAGAGAGAGAGAGA